CCAUGGCGACCGCGACGGGCGACGCAGCCUUCUUCCAGCGGGGCAGUCUGCUGUGGUUCCCGGUCAUCAUCCUCUCCUUUGGCUAUUACACGUGGGUUGUCUUCUGGCCUGAUAAUAUCCCUUAUCAGAGUCUUGGACCACUGGGGCCCUUCACCCAGUACUUGGUGGACCACCACUACAAACUCCUGCUCUAUGGGUAUUGGCUUGUGUGGAUGAUUCAUGUGGGAGAGUCCUUCUAUGCCAUGGUAUUGUGCAAACGUAAGGGCAUCACGGACAGCCAGGCUCAGCUGCUCUGGUUCCUGCAGACCUUCCUCUUCGGCAUAGCGUCUCUCUCCAUCCUCAUUACUUACCGGCCAAAGCACCUGAAGCGCACUUAGAUGGCGCAGCGCUUCUUCUCCGCCUUUACUUUCAAACUCUGAUGCUGAGUUUACAAAGGCUUUCUACUUCCCGGACGCCGUCUGUCAAGCAAAGCUAAGACCCUCUAGUUACUCGUUUCCUCUUAGAUGCUCUGAUUGACCUGGAAGAGACAAGUUAUUGCCUGGGACAGAAAUAGGAAAGAUUCUGGCCUUCCGGUUCUCACCUGCAUGGCAGGAAGCUUUGGGCCUCCUCCUGUGGUCCUUGGCUGUGCCAGGGCUCCCCUGCCACGUGGCUGAGGCACCAACUAGCUUUGCUUGUUGGUUCCCUUUUGCCCCACUUUCUGACAGACACAUCCUCAUUCUCCCACCGACAUCUUAGCUUCAGUUUCCAGUUUUGUUUUGUUUUUUUUCAUCUUUUACGACCAAGAUAAAGUGACACUUUGUAUCA